AUAGUGAAAUCAUUCCUCCCGACUGCCUGCGGCCCCGCUCCUUCACUGCCAUCCGCCGGCCCUCGCUGCGGAGGGAGACGGAGGACACGCGCCUCUCGGUCAGCCUGUGUGACCUCAACCUGCAGGAGGAGACCUUCCACGUGACGGCCACCACAUGUCCCAUACCGCAGAACUCCCUCAACUCCCAGCACUCCCACCUCCUUCCCUCCCAGCUGGAGAGCGACCUCCGCUUUCACCACCUCCGGGGACCCCAUGUCAAAAUCCUCGAUGACCAAACCGUGGCCCGUCUGGAGCAUGCCCGGGAGGAGAGGACUUUGGUUUUCACCAGCAGACCCCUUCGGAUCAACGAAACCAUUUUCGUCAAAAUCAACAAGUCCAGCGCUGUGCGCACAGGGACGCUGUCCUACGGGGUGACGUCCUGCGACCCCAGCACCUUGCGCCCCAGCGACCUCCCCUAUAACCCCGAGUCCUUGGUUGACCGAAAGGAGUUCUGGGCCAUCUGCCGAGUCGUGGUGCCCCUCCAAAGCGGAGACAUCCUGGGAUUUAUGGUGAAUUCAGAUGGUGAGCUGCACUUGAGUCACAAUGGUGCUGGCACUGGCAUGCAGGUCUGCGUGGACUGUUCCCAGCCCCUCUGGAUGUUCUUCGUUUUACACGGCGCGGUCACGCAAAUUCGAUUGUUGG